UUUCCAAGGAUGCAAAAACAAAGAAUGCUUAUUUAAGUGGAAGGAAAAACCAAAGGAAGGGAAAAGAAGAGAUUUUUGGUUUGUUCCCACUGAUUCUAUAUCUUUGAACUUCCCAUCUCACAAUCGCCGACUCAAAUGGAGGCGGAGCCCGCGUCUGGGCCCGGGCCUGAGUUUAACUCGAAGGAGGAAGCUUUCGCAUUCUACCAAGCCCACGCGAAAUCUGUGGGUUUCUCCGCCAUAAUCAAAGCCAGCCGCCGAUCCCGAAUCUCCGGCAACUUCAUCGACGCCAAAUUCGCCUGCACUCACUACGGUGCCCCACCAAGCCACAAGCCCAAACGGGCCCCUUCCCGGGCCAAAACCGAUUGCAAGGCUUCCAUGCACGUGAAACGAACACCCCACGGUACAUGGAUAAUCUCUUCUUUCAUCAAACACCAUAACCACCAAAUUUCCCCCAUUCACAGUAGCCCUAAACCCAAUAAUAAUGUUAACAACAAGGCAAGUCCCUCAAGGAAACUCAAGGUUAAAAAAACACCGCAAUACUUAACUUUCGCCCAAGGUGACCUUCAAUUUUUGCUCAACGCUUUCAUGUCUAUGCAAAAUGAAAACCCUAAUUUCUUUUUCGCGGUCGAUCUUAACGAGGAGCAGCGGUUGAGGAGUGUUUUCUGGGUGGACGCUAAGGCUAGGCUUGAUUAUAGACACUUCAGUGAUGUGGUGCUUUUGGACACCACUCACGUUAAAAACGAGUGUAGAUUGCCCUUUGUUCCGUUUGUUGGUGUGAACCACCAUCUUCAGUUUUUCUUGCUGGGAUUGGCCUUUGUGUCUGAUGGGUCUGAAUCCACAUAUGCGUGGCUGAUGAGGAAUUGGUUGAGGGCAAUGGGAGGAGGUGCUCCAAAGGUGAUGCUCACUGACCGUGAUGAAGUGCUGAAGAGAGCGGUUGCUCAAGUGGUUCCUGAGUCUUGUCAUUGCUUUUGUCUGUGGCAUGUGUUGAGUAAGGUUCCAGAGAAACUCGGUCGCCGGAUUCGUGGGCACGGUGGGGAGUUUAUGAGUGGGUUUAGUGAGUGUGUUUUGAGGUCUAGGACAAAGGAGCAGUUUGAGAAUAGGUGGGAGGAGAUGGUUGAGAGGUUUGACAUGGGUGAUGAGAGUUGGUUGUGUGAGAUUUAUGAGGAUCGGAAACAGUGGGUACCUGCGUUUAUGAAUGGCAGGGUUUUAGCAGGAAUGUCGACUGUGCAGAGAUCAGAAGCCAUGAACUGCCUGUUUGAUAAAUAUGUGCAGAGGAAAACUACUAUGAAAGAGUUUCUGGAGCAGUACAGAGUGGUGUUGAGGGGUAAGUGUGAGGAGGAAGCCAAGGCUGAUUUUGAAACUCUGCGUCGACAGCCAGCGUUGAAGUCCCCAUCACCUUUUGGGAAACAAAUGGUGGAGUUGUACACCAAUGCAGUGUUUAAGAAGUUCCAGGGUGAGGUCUUGGGAGCUGUUGCUUGUCAUCCAAGGAAAGAGAGCGAAGAUGGGGCAAUGAAAAUGUUUAAGGUUCAGGAUUUCGAGGACAAUCAAGAUUUUGUUGUGACGUGGAAUGAAUCGACUUCAGAAGCAUCAUGCUCUUGCUAUUCAUUUGAGUUCAAUGGCUAUCUUUGUAGGCAUGUAAUGAUUGUGCUACAGAUUUCUGGUGUACAUAGCAUCCCACCUCGGUAUAUAUUAAAACGCUGGACAAAAGAUGCCAAGAAAAGAGAUCUGUCUGUGGCAGAUGUCGUUGUCUCUGACUCUAGGGCUGAGCGCUAUAAUAAUUUAUGUCAACGAGCUUUUGAGUUGGGUGACGAAGGGUCUUUAUCAUACGAGACUUACAUUGCUGCUGUAAAGGCGUUGGAAGAAGCUUUGAGAAAGUGUGAGAACCUGGAUGGUUCAAUUCAGAGAGUCAGAGAACCGAAUCUUCCAUGUUUUGGUUCUCAAGAGGUAAGCCCUGAACCAGAGAUCAUUGCUAUGGGAGUCGAUUCUAGCUGGCAGCAAAUGGAAAACCCCAAUGCACAAGAUCAGAAUCCGGAUGGCUAUUUUUCUACUAAGCGGAUUGAUUUUGGAAUGUGCAACCAAUUGAAUUCAGUAGCUGCUAUUCGUAAUGAUUAUUAUUGCAACCAGCAUGGCAUCCAAGACCGGGGACAGUUGAACUCAAUUGCAUCCAUCCAUGAUCCCUGUUACAUGGCCCCACAAAGGAUGCAACCGAUGGGUCAAGCCCACGGAGGGUCAUCCUCACAGCCGCAUGGGAUGGAGGUAAAGGUAAAACAGCUAAAUUCAAGGCACCAGUCUCAGUGAGUUAGGUUAUAGGCUGACAUUGUGUUUCAUACUUGUAUAUCAGCAUGUAAAUGUUUCAGUUAACGUUAUGUAUAUAUUAGAAAGUCAGAAGUCUUUUUGAUGAGCCUUGAUUAAUUCCUGCCCUUUUAGUAGAGAUGUAGGACUUUUGUUUCUUAACUAGUGGAAAUGAAUCAUGCAGUACUAUAGCAUAUCAUUCUGGCACUA